AUGGCCCCCGCCGCCGCCGCCGCCGCCGCCUCCUCAGACUCGGGGCUCCCGCUGGCCCGCUACCGCGGGCCGGGCCUGGGUCCCCAUGGCCUCCCGGGCUGCUCUCCGCGCUGCCCGCCCCGUCCGUCGGAGAUGUCCGAGGCUCGGACCCGGGGCCGAUCACCCCGCUGCCCGCGCUGGGGCCCGCCGGGUGGUCCCGCUGAGUCGGCCGGGUCGUCCGGGGCGCGUCGGGUCCCGGGAGCGCUAAGCCGCGAGCGCGCCGUUUCCUGGAGCCGCACCCCCGUCGGAAGGCGGGCGGGGCUCCGGCGGGGGGCGGAGGCCGGGGCCGGGGCGGGAGCGGGGGGCGGGGCGGCCCGGCUUCCGGGGCCUCGCGCCGCCACCGCGGUUGCGGAAGGGGGUGGGGGGGCGUACCAAGGGGAACGCCUCGACCGCAGCGCCCGCUCGUAG